AUGCCUCACAUCAAGAAGCAUCAGCACCACAAGUUGCAGGAUGAAAGAAAGGCCCAGAGCCUGGUGCCUGGGCAAGUUUCUGCGACUCUGGAGGUAGAUACCACAGUUGCCUCCUCUUCUACUCUGAUGCCAGCCACCCUGGGUGAUUUACCCACUGCCAGAGCAUCAAGUCUUCCCCAGAGUGUUCAGGAAGCUUUCUCCUCUAUUUCCAUUAAAGCUACUCCAUCAAGCAAGUCAGAGAAAGAUUCAGGAAACCAAAAAGGGAAGAGCCAAAGCACCUCACAGGCUCGUCCAUUCUCUGAGUUCUUGCUCACUAAUAUGAUAGAGGAUAAAGUGAUUAAGAUGGUAAAGUUUCUGAGUGUCACAUCUAAGGAGCCUGUUACUGAAGCAGAGAUGCUGAAGAGUGUCAUCAAAGAGCACAAGGAUGCUAUGCCCGUGAUCUUCAGGAACACCUGUGAAUGGAUGAAGAUGAUCUUUGGCAUUGAUGUGAAGGAAGUGGACUCCAUUAACCACUCUUACAUACUGGUCAAAGCACUAGACCUCACCUAUGAUGGAAGGUUGAGUGAUGACCAGGGCAUACUCAAGACUGGCCUCCUGAUACUUGUCUUGGGCAUAAUCUACAUGGAGGGCAACUGUGCCCCUGAGGAGAAGAUCUGGGAAAUGCUGCAGAAGAUUGGGGUGUAUCCUGACAAGAAAGAUUUCAUCUAUGGGUAUCCCAGGAAGAUCCUCACCAAAGAGUUGGUGCAAGAACGUUACAUAGAGUACAGGCAGGUACCCAACAGUGAUCCUGCUCGCUAUGAGUUGCUGUGGAGUCCAAGAGCCCAUGCUGAAACCACCAAGAUGAAAAUUCUGGAGUUGUUCUGUGCGGUCACUGGAACUACCCCCUCGGACUUCUCGUCCUUGUAUUUGGAAGCUUUGAAAGAGGAACAAUAGAAAGCCAAGCCUGUAAUUGCUACCGGGAGUGGUAAUGCUGACAUGGUCAGUGCACAGGCCAGCACCAAGCCCAGUAGCUUCUCUGGGCCUCAUUAA